CGUCCAGGUGAGGCGCUUCCCUUCCCCUGGGCCCUCACUCCCCUCCCGUUCUCGGCAUGCACCUCCCACGCCGCGCCUGUAGCCUGCUGGGGAUCCUGUGCGUUGUGCUCUGCUGCUUGCUCUAUGUGGCCGAUUACUAUGACUACUACUACUCUCGCACAGCCGUCCCAGAGCGCCACCGAGGGUACGAAGACGGUGACGCUCGCGCCGGCCCCCUUCUCCUGUCGCUGGUCCAGUCGGACGCUAGUGCCGCCGCCCUAGAUGACAGCCACGCGCCCGGGGAGCAGAGAAAGAGGAAGGAUCAGGCGGCUGCGGCUAAGAAGAAAAAGCGGCGUUGCAAGAAGAGGAAGUGCAAGAGGACCUCUGCGGAGAGCGAGGGCGACGACGACCCGACCAUUACGCUGGACGCCGUGUUAGCAGGCGCGCCCGUCUGGAGCGAGUUCGCUGACCGCGGAUACACCAUCGUGGGCACCAACGGCUCGGCCAUGCGGCGUCUUCCUCAGGUGCUAAUUAUCGGCGUGAAGAAGGCGGGAACGCGCGCUCUGCUCGAGUUCCUUCGCGUACAUCCCUCCAUCCGCGCUGCCGGCCCCGAGGUGCACUACUUCGACAGGUUUUACACGCGAGGACUCGCCUGGUACAGGAGCCAGCUACCGUUGAGUCUCGAGGGACAGCUGACACUGGAGAAGACUCCAGCUUACUUCACCACUUCGGGCGUGCCGGCCAGGGUUAGAGCAGACUUACCGGGGGUCAGACUUCUGUUGGUGGUGCGGGAGCCCGUGACCAGGGCCCUCUCCGACUACGCUCAGGGGCUCAGCAAACGCGAGGGUUCCCACAAAUCCUUCGAGGAGAUGGCCUUUGUCAAUGUCACUACAGGACUGGUUAAUUCCAAUUGGGGUCCCAUCAGCGGAGGGUUGUACGUGAGGCACCUCCAGCACUGGCUGGAUCACUUCCCAAGGUCUAGCAUACACGCGGUAAGCGGGGAGAACCUAGUGCAUGACCCCGCGGCGGAGCUGGCCAGGGUGCAGGAGUUUCUGGGUCUUCGCCGAGUGAUCACCGACAAACACUUCUUCUUCAAUGCCACCAAAGGCUUCCCUUGUCUGGUGAAGCGCGAGCGAAGCGGGAAGCCCCAUUGCCUCGGUUCCUCCAAGGGCCGGUCGCAUCCUAGUGUCUCCCCGGCGGCUGUUGAAGCCCUCAGGGAUUUCUACAGGCCGUUCAAUUUCAAGUUCUACAAGAUGGUCGGACAGAACUUCAACUGGUAGACGGUGAAGGAAUGGGAGGAAGGGUUGUUGGUGUGUAGAGGUAGAGAGUUGAAAAGGGGAAAUAGAGGGAGGAGAAGGUGAACAAGGGAAAAGAAGGAAGAGAAAAUUAGUGGAAAUUGGUAACAGAUAUGGAAUGGAACUAAUAAAUACUGAUAGACCAAUAGAAAGUCCUUGAUCGGAAGGAGGGAUGACCAAUGAAAUGGGUAAGAUCUAUUUGUAACUAGCAGAAAAGGGAAGGGAUAGGAGAUCAGUGCUGUAAGUGUCAUUGUAUAUAGGUGUAACUAAGUUUAUUAGCUAUAAAUAUUCAAGGUACAAAGACCCCUGUCAGAAUUUAGCUUUAACUCUUACCUCGGUAUGGACAUCUGUGAUCUCUCGACAAGAAAGUAACUUUUUUCUCAACACCAGGUGUUCAGAAGUAACUAGAAAUGGAGGUACGUAGCUUUUAAUGUUAACAAACCAAAGGGCAAGGUUUACGGCAUGGAUGCAACAAGAUGAAACAUUCCUUUGUUCUAUACAGUGUGCUGAGUGGAGAGUUAAUGAACAUGUUACUUGUUAUAAUUUGACGCGGAUUUGUACUUCUGCAAAGGACAGUGAUACUGAAGAAAGCAUUGCAAAAAAUGAAACUCGUGCUGGUAAAACAUAACAUAUCUUU